ACGCACUUGUGUCGUCUAUGAUAUCGCAUUGUGGCUCCUUGGCGCACGUUUGAAUGAGGGCGAUUCACUCGCGUUGUGAUGAGGUGAAAAUUAUGACUGCCGCUCGUCGAUAGCGUUUUUUGUCGUACGUGUGAGGGAGAGCGAUUACGUCGAAACCGUGAACUGCAGCUUUCUUCGCAGCCAUGACUCGCCGGAUAGCGCACAAGUUGGAGACGCAGUGGCGCUCCCAGGACGUGCUUCAGUCGGAGGACGAGAACGCCACUUUCGAAGAGUUUUUGCUCUCCAAACAGCUACUUAGCGGCCUUCUCAAGUCGGGCUUUGUCAGACCGUCGCCCAUACAGCUGCGUGCCAUACCUCUGGGGCUCUGCGGUUUCGACAUGGUGGUGCAGGCAAAGUCUGGUACCGGCAAAACAUGCGUCUUCUCCGUGCUCACCCUGCAAGCUGUCAACGUAUCCCAGAAUGCAGUGCAGGUUCUGAUCCUGGCACCAACACGUGAAAUAGCCAUUCAGUCAUGUGACACGGUUUGCUGUCUUGGCUGCGACAUGCCAGAGCUCAGGGCAUAUGCCUUCAUCGGGGGUGUGCCGAUAAAAGAGGACCUGCAGAAGCUGACGAGGUGCCACGUGGCCGUUGGCACUCUGGGGCGGCUGCUGCAGCUGAUCCAGCAGGGCCAGCUUUCCCUGGAGUGGGUACGCCUCCUGGUGCUGGAUGAGGCAGACCAGCUGCUCGGGGAAGGGUUCCAGGAAGACCUCAGGAAGCUGUGGGCAUCGCUACCAGAGAGGCGGCAAGUGGUGGCAACUAGCGCCACCUACCCCCCAGGAGUGGCGCGCAUCCUGGAAGAGGAGCUGCUUCACAAGCCCAUGGUUGUUCGUCUGGAAGCUGACACACCUGCUCUGCUGGGUGUGUCGCAGUGGUACUGCUUGGCAGAGGGCACGGAUGAGGCGGCCUGGUUCUCGCGGAAGCUGCGCACCCUGGACAAACUCCUUCGUCAGAUGCCCUUCUCUCAGUGCCUGGUGUUUCUCAACUCACAGGCCAGAGCGCAGUCCCUGGAGGAGAGACUUCGCCACGCAGGCCACAAAGCACAGCUGCUGAGCGGAGCCCAGGCACAGUCUGAACGCAUCAAGGCCCUGGUGUGCCUCAAGGCCUACCGCUGCCGCAUCCUCGUCUCCACCGACCUCGCAGCUCGUGGCAUCGACGCAGAAAGGGUCACCCUGGUCAUCCACUUCGACGUGGCGUACGACCUGGAGACGCAUCUCCACCGUUCUGGACGGGCUGGCCGUUACGGCACAGCAGGCCAGGCAGUCACAUUGGUGACGGGACUCCAAGAACUCCAGCAGCUUCGCACCCUCUGCGCACCGCUCAACUUAGACAUAAGGCCGCUGCCAGGUUUUCCGAGCCUUGAACGUGGGAGUAGCAAUAUCAAACUGAAUGGUGAUGUGAGCAAUAAUGCUACGGACGAAACAAGUGUGCCGGUGGUACAAGUGCCUCAACCAAAGUGGCAUCCCUUCAAGAAAACAGUUUCAAGAAAACAGGUUCUGAUAUUAUCACGGCCCUUGAAGAAAAUAUCCCCGAGGAAAGAGGUUCUGAUAUUGUCACAGCCUUUGAAGAAAACAGCUCCAGAGAAACACGUUCUGAUAUUGUCCCAAACCUUCAAGAAAACAGCUUUAAUGAAAGUGGUUCUGAUAUUGCUGAACUGUCUGCACAGAACAUUUCCAAGGUAACAUGUGCACAGUUAAUACAGUUAAUAAGCACAACUGAACUGUCUUCUCAAAGUGCUUCUGCAGUGACGAUGCCACCGUCAGUGAACUCAGCAUUGCCACCUGCUGAUAACGGUUCGAGGAACCCGGACACACCAACAAUGCAACAGCUUACGAGCACAGUUGAACCACCCCCAGAAAGUGAUUCCAAAGAAGCAUGUGCACAGGUGAUGCAGUCACCUGUGAGUGCCGUCGAACUGCCACCAACACAAGGUGCAUGUGAAGUCAAGAGUUUUCUACAGCCCGUAAUGGACCCUUCCACUGACACUUGAAGAAAUCUUCAUGGGUCAGAAGUUGCCUCCACGUAUCCAGCCUCUCCUUGAGUGGCCACCAGAUCCUUCAAUAGGCAAGGAACUGGCAGCCCGCAUUAGGGAGGAGAAGGACGCAUUCAGCAAAGCAUACGGUGUUGUUUUUGAACCUGGCAGGACACUGAAGAUGGCCAUUGCUCAGCAAGGGUCAGAACAGAGUUGUGCAUCCUCCUUAAGGGAUGAAGCAAUUCCUAGCCACGAUGAGCAUAAAGCAGAGGCAGAGGGAACCAAACCUACAGGGCAGUUUGUUGCAGCAGCUGAUCAAAGCAGCGUGAAAGAAAAAUGGGAGGCAAGUGGCAUUUAUUUGCAGGUGCCAGAAAUUAAAAUGGUUGUCUCUAGCCAUGAAAAGCAAGAACCGGAAGCAAAGGAAACCAACCAUGUGCUGCACUCUGAUAUAAGUGCGUCUGAGAAGACCGGCGAGGGACAGCAGGAAGCUAACGUGGAAGCUUCAUUGUCUGAAGAUACCGGCAGAGAGCUGGUGGACAGUGGCAAAUGUGAUAGUCCCUCCCCACAGCCACAGAUGAGCAGUGUAGGUCUUAAAGAAAGCGAGCCGAAGAAAACGCAGGGGGCUGCUCAAGCAAAUGCUACCAAUGGUUUACCGAAGAAGUGUGCUGACACAUCGGGUAAAGCAGCAGAAACCACAGAAAACAAGCGUCGCGUUCUGUACAACUCGAAGCACAAACCACCAUCAUCGGAUCCAAAGCCUGCAGUAAGGAUGAAAGCUAGGAUGCUUGAAAACUGCCACCCACAGCCAAAGUCGCCAGACAUCAGCAGAGAAUUGAGAAAAACUGUCUUGGAGGAGGCAUCGAAAGAGAAUAGCAAUGUAGUUCAUCGUGAACAACGGCAGCCAAAGGGCACCAGUUUUGAUGGAGGCAGUGACGAUGAGAACAGUCUGGUGCUCCAUAUUGGAUGCAUAAGAAGCAGUAGGCCCAGCCAAGAGCUGACGCCGUCGAUGCAUCCAGCUGGCACUAGUAUGACGUGCAUGUCGCCUCUGACGCGGCAUCAUACUUCUGCAGUGAGACUUAGUCAUCUGCCAGGCAGUUGUCCGCCCAUCAGAACGAGCUUGUGUUACGAGUGUGCAGAAAAAUGUGACGCCAUCAAGGCAACGUGCUGCAGAGAACGUCACUUGCUCCGGACUGCCAUGACAGCCUCCUCAUUCCCUCCUUCUAUGGCACAGUUGCAAGUUUGCAGAGCUGCCGCAGACUGGUCGCAGAACUGGUUCAUGUGGCACCAGUGGUACAUUAGGAGAAUGCUGCAAGCUAACGGCUAUUGUUGAUAAUGCAGAUAAGCAGUAGCUCUGCUCCUUUAAGACCUGCUUGGUUACUUGAGGCUAAAGUGGCAGUGCUAAUUGGCACACACAGACCUCAUAACUGUUAAUAGCAUUGUGCAUACAUCAUGUUAUUAAAGGGACAGUGAAGAGUUACACUAAUUCGCUUCAGGCUGGUAAAGUAGUCUCAUUAAAUACUCUAUUCGUAUUUACAUAUUUGGUGAAUAAAGGUUGAAUGCUAGCAAAGAAAA